AUGAAUGCAAGAAUACCUUACGCCGACAAGAGAAAAGGGAUUGCAUACCAGACCGACUCCAACCAACGGAAGCGUAUCAGAGCUCCGGAACUGGACACCUCGGAUCUGGUCAGAGAGAAUAGGCUCACGCUCAUAGGGAGACUAACAAAUCCGACAGAGCAAAGGAUGAGAGCUAUGUUCACUUUCUUCCUGGACAGAUGGGAACUCAAACGAGGAUUUGAAGGAUCUGACUUGGGACACGACAGCUUCCAACUCCGCUUCACACUGGAAGAAGAUCUUCAGAAAGUUCUCAAAAAUAGACCCUACCAGUUUGGUAGAUGGAUGGUCAUCAUACAAAGGUGGGAACCGGUCAUAUCCCCACUCUUUCCCUCGCAGAUCCCGUUCUGGAUACGACUAAAGGGCCUCCCGCUUCACUAUUGGAAAGAAGAGCUUCUCCGCAACAUAGACAAGGAAAUAGGAAGCCUCAUCAACCAUGAAGUCACAAAGGCAGAAGCAAAAAUCCAUGUCUCUAUAAACGCCCUUGAGCCACUGGUAAAAGAAACGGUCAUAGAGUUUGCUUCAGGAGAAGAAGCACUGGUGACUCUGGAGUAUGAACGACUAGGCUUCCACUGCUCAAUCUGCAACAAACUAUCACACGUUUCAAGAGACUGCAAAAUCUCCGAUACCACAACCACGAAGAACAAAUACCGUGACCAAGAGGGGCCGGAGAGAGAACCGGAGGGGAGAGGUGAAACAACAAGAAAGGAGAGAGAGCGUACACGAGAUUUUAGCCAAAGACGGGACAGACAUGGCCAGUCUUUUGGCGAAAGAGGCAGAUACAACAACCCUACGAGAGAGGAAAGUAGAGAAAGAUAUGUGGAAUCAAGGACCCAUCAACCUGAGAGGGCAAACAGAGUUGUCCAGGAGAGAGAGUUUUACCAUGGAAACCGGGAGCCGCCGCGCUCCAACGGAUAUGGACGAAGAGACAUGCGAGAGUACCUUAAUCAUAGAGGGUCAGGAGGGGGAAGAUACACUCAAGAAAGGCUACAAUGGAGGGAAAAAACUCAAGAGGGAGAAAAAAGACAGGGAUCCGUACCAACAAGAGAGUUACAAACUGCCUAUCUCACUCCACCGAGACAAGAAGCACCUCACCAAACUCCGGGGAUCCCCACAACGGAACAAGUAAUGGAGGAGUUGAGGGAAGUCACCAUCCGUUAUGUCAACUGCCCAGACCCUGUGGAAAACGCUGCAAGACAGCAAAGAGUGAAUCAAUCAGAGGAGCAAGGGCUCAUGGCCACUACAGCGUCAAACAUAAUAACAGCGGCAACAGAAUCAUACUACAGAACGCUAAACUUUGGGCAAGAGGAACACAACCUGGUGCAAGAAGACAGUGAGGAAACAGAGGAUCAGAAUGAGGCGACUCACACAGAGACAGAACUCACCUCACCCAAGAAGCAAGCAGACGAGAGUGACAAACUCCAAUGUGGCAGGACCAUCUCGUCGGAACACGUCGGAUCAAAGGGGAGAUACACAAGAGUCAAGUGGACACAGACCAGUGGGCGCGAUCAUACCGGCUAUUACAAGAGCGACGGUGGAUUUUCGGUGACCGGCAGGUCAAAUUCCUUAAAAAUAGCGAGCCGGAAUUGUUGUGGACUGGGGAACCCCGCGACAAUCCAGCAACUUAGGGGAAUACAGUCAAGUAUUCGACCCGACAUUCUGUUCCUCAUGGAGACGAAAAACCCAGAUGACGUCGUCCUACAGAAACUGCAAGGCAUGGAUUAUGACUCAAACACAAAGGAGGUGGUUUUACGCCACGUUGUCUAUGGAGAACCGGAUCAAACGAAGAGACAAGAGGUUUGGGAGAUGAUAAUGAACCAAACUCAAGACAGAACAGACCCAUGGCUACUAACCGGAGACUUUAACGAGAUAAUAGAGUCAGCAGAGAAGAAAGGGGGCCCAGUGAGACCGGAGAGUUCGUUCACCAACUUCAGAACCUUCAUGUCCGAAUGCGACUUAUACGACCUUCGUUUCUCUGGGAACUUCCUCUCCUGGAGAGGAGUAAGAAACAAGCAUCUUGUCAGGUGCAGAUUAGAUAGAUCUAUGUCUAAUAGCGCUUGGGCAGAAGACUAUCCCUCAGGAAGAAGCGAAUACCUGAGUUUUAAGGGGUCGGAUCAUCGACCGAUAAUAACCAACUUUGACACCACCAGGAAGAGAAGGAAAGGACUCUUCCGCUAUGACAGGAGGCUCAAAGAGAAUGUGGAAGUGAGUCAACUGAUAUCCGAUGCCUGGAACACAAGGGAGUUAAACACAGUAGAAGGCAAGAUAGGCAGAUGCAGACGAGAAAUAAUCCGGUGGAAUAAACAAAGGCAUCUUAAUAGCCAAGAGCAGAUUGAGAAGUACCGUCAAAAUCUGGAGACAGCAAUGACGGAGGAGCUAAAUAACACUACACUUAUCGAAGAGCUGAAUGCACUCCUGAAAAAAGCAUAUGAUGAAGAAGAAGCGUUCUGGAAGCAAAGAAGCAGAUAA